GUUUCAAUGGCCGUUGGGUAAAGAUGCGACGCCACUGGCUUCUGGUUGGUGCUUGCGGCUGGGUGGUUUUGAUCCUCCUGUUUGCCAGCAAGUUCAUCAAUUUCAGCUUCCGGAUCCCUGACGACUAUGGAGGGAAGUCAGAGAUGCACAGUUUGACCAGGCCAUCCUUGAAGUCACAUUCACACUCCGCCCAGCAGUCAGAAAAAAGGGACCCACAACCCUCCCUGUUGCCCUCAGUCGGUACAUCCACAGCAGAGUUCUCUGACUGGCAUUCUGUGGUCCAGAGUCGUUUAGAACUUUUAUCCUCAGUCUGCAAGAAUGCUACUCUUUGGAAUCUCACCCACACUCCUGUACGCAAGUUCGUCCUCGACCGCAUCUUUGUGUGUGACAAGCACAAGAUUCUCUUCUGCCAGACGCCCAAGGUGGGCAACACCCAGUGGAAGAAGGUCCUAAUUGUCCUCAAUGGAAAGUUCUCCAGGGUGGAGAAGAUCCCUGAGAAUCUGGUCCAUGAUCAUCUGAGGAACGGCCUGCCCCGCCUCUCGUCCCUGAACGACACGGAGAUCAAAGAAAGACUUAAUACGUACUUCAAAUUCUUCAUCGUGAGAGAACCAUUUGAACGCAUCAUAUCCGCCUUCAAAGACAAAUUUGUGAAGAACCCUCGCUUCGAACCCUGGUACAAACACGACAUCGCCCCGGCCAUCAUCCGCAAGUACCGCAAAAGCCACAGCGACGACGGCGAAAAGAAAAGCGCCGGACUGCAGUUCGAAGAUUUUGUCCGUUACCUCGGCGACAGGCAAGGGCGUCAUCGCCUGGACAGACAGUUUGGCGAGUCCAUUAUCCACUGGCUGACCUACGCCGAACUUUGCGCCCCGUGCGACAUCACUUAUGAUGUCGUGGGCCAUCACGAGACUCUUGAGCACGACGCUCCUUACAUCUUAAAAGCUGCUGGCAUCGAUCACCUCGUGUCCUACCCCACGAUCCCGCCGGGAAUAACCCGUUACAACCGGACCAAGGUCGAACACUACUUCUCCGGGAUCAGUAAACGGGACGUUCGCCGUUUGUACGAUCGCUUCCAGGGAGACUUCCGACUCUUUGGAUACCAGAGACCCGAUUUCCUUUUGGACUAA